AUGAUCGGAAUUUCCGUGGCGCUGCUCUCUGGCCGCUCCGUUCACCUGCAGAUCGAGGCCGAAGCCUCAGUCGGGGCGCUGGUGCAACGCGCAGAGAACGAGCUUCAGGCAGACUUGCGCGCUUUGGCCACGCCCUGCGGCCGCAUUCUCCCGCGCAGCCGCCGACUUCGUGAAGCGGGCGUUCAAGAUGGAGACACCCUCAGCGCGGUCUUGGGCCGAAGGAUGCUGGUGGCUUCUUUUGGUGCCUUCGCGCUUCUGGGUGCCGACGGCCGAGUGGUCUCAUGGGGACACCCUCUCUAUGGUGGGGACAGCAGCUUUGUGAACGACGAGCUCACAGACGUGGAAAGUCUCUGGGCUACACGUCAUGCUUUUGCCGCUCAAAGGUGUGAUGGGAGCGUGGUCACGUGGGGCCACUCCAAGCUUGGCGGUGACUGUUCCGACGUGAAAGACCAGCUGAGAGACGUAAAGCAGAUCCGGAGCUAUGCUUACACCUUUGCUGCAGAGCGUGGCGAUGGAGAGCUGGUUGUGUGGGGCAGCAGCUUCUGCACAGGGGGCCCGAUCCGGCAGCAACUCAAAGAAGUGCAGCAGGUUGAGGUCUCCUGCAAUGCAGUGGCUGCGCGGCUGUUAGAUGGCAGCAUCGUAACGUGGGGCCAUGAGGAUUUCGGCGGUGACAGCCGGGCCGUUCAGUCGCAGCUGGUUGGAAUCAUCCAGCUUCGAGCUACUUGUGGUGCUUUUGCGGCAUUGCGCUUCGACGGCAAUGUCGUGGCUUGGGGUGAUGCAGCCUGCGGCGGCGAUGCCACGAAAGUCUGUGACAAGCUGAAACAGGUCUCACAGCUGGAAGGCUGUGGCCGCGGCUUUGCUGCUGUUUGUGGCUCGGAGGGCCGCGUGGUUGCCUGGGGUGGGGACUGCAGAGUUCCCAGCGGCUUGUGCGGCGUGCGCAGCCUGGCUUCCACUCUCGGAGCCUUCGCAGCUCUCUGCGCAGAUGGUCACGUCAUUGUCUGGGGCGAUGAAGAGGCCGGGGGCAGCUGCUCGGUACCUUUGCUUUGCGUCCAGGAGAUUAAGGCCACGUCAGCAGCGUUUGCUGCUUUGUUGUCAGAUAGCCGGGUCGUGGCCUGGGGGGCUCCUGGCUCCGGUGGCGACAGCAGUUGCGUUCAACAGCAGCUUUACGACGUGGACGAGGUGCAGGCUUCGUGCUACGCUUUCGUCGCUUUGCGGGCAGACGGCCACGUCAUCACCUGGGGCGGGGCGAGCUAUGGAGGCGACAGCGGCUCAGUCCAAGAAAAGCUUGCUAGCUCAUUGUGUUCAGCGAACAAAGCUGCGGGUUUUCCGCUUCGCUGA